GCCAUCUUGCUGAAUAUAUAAGACGACUGAGCGCCCAGGUAUAGCAGUCGGUAGGUGAGACAGGAUAAGUCAAAGAUCGUAGAAGUGAGCGCCAUGAUCUCCCUCUACUCUGUCCUGUACUCGCUGGUGCUGUUCUCUGAGCUGAGCAGCAUCUCGGUCUCUGUGGCGAUGCCUCCAGCCAAAGCAGAAGAUAACGUGACAGAGCAGGACGGCCUUGGUUUGUUACUGAGGGACGAACCGAUGGCUGAGCGUAGUGUGCUUUCAACUGUGUACAGACGAAGUGUGCUGGACAGCAACGUGAGGGAUGAAGAUGGAAGUCCGAAAAUCAUCCUUGUCUCGGUGAGUAACACAUCACAGUAUUGAUGAAGAGAUGACGGAAGAGUAGAGGUUAAGGGUUUUUAUUGUAUACUAGUCAUUAUAUUACUCAAAGAAACCCAACAUAGAGUGACCAUGAUCAAGUAUUUGACCUCAUUUGGCCGCAGUGACUAAGAAAAUCUGUAACAGGCAGAUAGCUUGAGCUGGACCAGAGUCAUUGAUGGAUACUGUUGAGUCAUAAACCCUUAUUUUGCAAUCUAGUGGUGACAUUUCUUUAUCCAGCAGCUGCCGUCUAACAUUGCCAUGUUUCUACAGUAGCACAGAAUGGACAAAAUUAGCAACUCAAGAGUAUUUUGUAUUUAGAAAUUCGGCAGAAUGCAGUUUAGUUUGUUUAGUGUGCAAAAGUGUUAAUACCAAUAGACAUUUUGCUUGGAAAAUAAUGGCCAAAAAGAGAACUAUUUUUAACAUACAUGACAGUAGCUUCUUGUCCUUGAGGGCCACCGUUGUUCAUCAGCUGCAGGGGUGAGCAAGGGAGCUUUUUAGUCUAGAAUCUAAUACUACAAAGUUUUCCAUAGUAUAGGCGUAAGGAGCAUUCUGUAUUUGACUGAUAGUUGGGGGUGUAAAGCCAAACAUCUUUGUCUGUUUUAAGGUAGAUCAAAAGUCAGACGGAGCCAGCAUUCCCAAUAUGGUACCUUUAUCACCGAGCUUUAAAACGUCUCCACAAGAGCCAACGGCCCAGCGUGACAGAGACUUUGUUGGCGUUUUAAACUGGCUAUGACUGCAACGUCUUUCAGGUCUUACUGAUUUUAAACAGCUGAGGAGAAGUUAAAAUGAACAUCCAGCCAGCUUUGGUCUGAGGUGGUAAUAAAUUACUGUAUAUACUAAUACCAUAACCUGGAGUUAUACGCCAUUAACAACAAAUUUAGGCUAACGUCCUUUGGCUUUUCGGUUCAACAGGUUUACUUUUCACCAUCUGGCAACCAAAACAUAUCGGGGUUGAGUGCUUGGAUUUAUUCACAAGGUCAAAGCACUUAAAAAUUGGAUUUACAGAAGUGGAUAGCAGCGUGUCUUUCCAAAAACAAUGUACCUGUUACACUGUAAAAAGACAUUUUAGAUGAAAUCAUAAAAAGUUACCACUCUAAGAACUUCUUACCAAAGAUAUGUUCCUUAUGAAACCGUCGUCAGCGUGGUUUCCUAGAGCACUUUAAACAGUUGUUAGCUGACGGAGACAUUUUUGUUAUAUGGGUUAACCAAACCUGAAACUUUUUGUUAACUAAACAAAAGAAGUAAUCCAAAGAAAAGAGCCGUUUGGAUUAUUUUUAUCCAAAAUAAAAGUCUCUAGCUGGACUCUUUUUGCAGCCGGUAUAUUCCGCCAACGAUGGUCAUGCAUCAUAACUAUUUAUUGUGAGAUUUCUCUCUAUAAACAGUUUAGCAGCUUACCAUAGUUCAACAACAACAAAGAGAACAUUAUAUCCAUCUUGACACUGAACAUUUGACCCUUUCAACCGGCCACCCUCCUCAUUGUCCUGUUAAAUCAAUAUUUCAUUCACAUCUAUGAAAAUCUUUUAUAGCAGCAUUGGAAAAACCGGGAAAUACUAUUAGCUUUAAAGGUCAAAUGAUCACGAGCCCAUAAAGAUUUAUUGGCACCACAGUGGGAAGAAUGAUGAUAUUUCUGGGUUCCCUCAAACGUUUGGCUGCGAUGUGUUAAAGAGUUUAUCUGGCGGCUGCGUCCCCAGUGCGUUGUGAACAUGGUGGUUAUCACUGCGGUUUAAUGGGGAACAGGCGGCCAUGACAGAGAGAACAAAGCCAUCUGGGUGAACCGGAGCUUUGGAGGGAAAACGGGCCACUGUGAUGUAGUAAAAACGAGGAAGCACAUUUGUUCCAUUUGGGGUUCCUGUGGCUUGGAUACGCCGGUAAAUAAAGAUCCAACACCUGUGCUGAAAUUGCCCGCAAAUCCAGAGUCCAGACUCUGGUCUGGAAGUGUGUGUGGUCUUUAAGUGCAAAAUACGAUCACUAAUCAAUACUGUGUGUUUCAGGACAUGAGGCUGAAGGGGAACAGUCUUCAUGGGCAGAGUUCGGCUUUUACUCGAAGCUUGCCUCAGCUCACAGACCAAAACUGGAACCAAAAUCUGGCGGAGCAAGGUUUGAAAAUGGAUCGUAGAAACAAUGAUCUCGACAGUGAGUAUCUGUAAAACCAUUUUCCCAAAGUUCAGUGAAGUUUAUUGUAAACCAUAAACAAAUAUUGACACAUUUUGUUCACUUUGACUGAUUUUCUUGUCUUUUACCUCUUUCCAGUUCUUCGUUGUAUGAUCGGCAGAGUGUACCGACCCUGCUGGGAAGUUUAAAUGUCCUUCACUCUCCUUCGAAUGCAUUGUAAAAAAAUCCAUCCUUAAAUGUGUGAACCGUGACUGUAUUUCCUUCUAAUAAACAAUCAGAGUGCACAAAAAUAUAAAACAAAAUAAACAUUUAUUAAAAAGUAAA